UUGCAUUCUGACCUGUUUGCUUCACCUUCACAUCUCAACUUCUACAACAACAGUAAUCAACAAUGAAGUCUCAAGUCACACUGUUGCUCGUCUGCUUGCUUUUCUCCAAAGUGUUCUCACUGACUUGUGUGACAGAUCCCUGCGAGUCAACAGAUGACCAAUGCAGAAGGACUUGCUCAGAGAAGUGUGUCACUAUGACUAGUAGCAUCUCUAGCUCUUCUGAUGGGACUAAUGUGCCAGCACCUACAGUUUCAACUUCUAAGUCUUGCAGUGGUCCUAAACAACCUUGUACAAGUUUCAGCCUAAACACAGCGGCAAUGAAAGUAAAAUACAAUACCAAAUGUUGCAGUACUGAUCUCUGCAACAGCGAAACACUUCCAGCUCCAAGUCCGAAUCCCAAUGGGAGAAUGUGUUACACCUGUAAUAACAAAAACUGCACAAUACAAGUGAAGUGUGAAGGAGAUGAAUAUUACUGCUUCAAUAUAAAAGAUGAAACAGGACAAGUCAGUACCAUGAAAGGAUGUUCAAACAAGGGUUAUUGUAGCCUAAACAAUGCUCCAGAAAGUGACAUAAGAAAUAUGGAGUGUUGCCAGGGGAAUCUUUGUAACAGUGCUGAGAUCUUCACACUGAGAUUUCUUCUUCUCAUCAUCCCUCUCUUCUCCUCCACAAUCCUUUAACUGAGCCCUGUGGGGAUGGAUCAGCCCUUAUGAUCUUCUCCUCCA